GUAGAAUUCAAGUGUUUUGAAUUUGAGCUAUCACCAGUUAACGCACUCACUCAACGUACAGUAACACUUGAUUUAUUGACCACUCAGAAACUCCUUGAAAGGACUCGUGCCAGGCGAGAGAACCUGCAGAAGAAGAUGGCAGAGCGGCCCAAGAUGGGAGUGAGACCCACGGUGCAGACCAAGAGGGUCAGAGAGCCUUUGUCAGAAACUGGUAACCAGGCACCUCUUCCUGGUGAAGAAGCGAAAUCUGCUACAAAGCCAUCACCAUCAAAGAGGCUCUGCCCUAACAACAUAGAGACUCAAGCUUCCAGUUCAGAGAACGUACAGCCAGUUCCUUCAAGUUCCACAAGCCAUCAUUCUCCUGAGGUGACUUCAGAGUUGCACGUAACUGCUUCUAACAGGGCUUCUUUGGCUCAGCCUCUCGAGAAAGCAAAAACAAACACGGAGUCAGAAACUCCUGCAGCCCUUUCCGUCAAAACACGUAUGCAGAAACUGGCAGAACAGCGACGCUGCUGGGACAGUGAGGAUCCCUCUGAAUGUGUUGCUCUGUCUCCCCUCCAAUCAAAAGAUCUGUCUGUUUCUCCACCUAAGCAGACAUCUAAUGCCCUGGCAAGUGAUACCCCUAUUGGGAGGAGAGGCCGUUUAGCCAACCUUGCUGCUACAAUUGGCUCCUGGGAAGAUGACCUAAGUCAUCCAUCUGCGAAGCAAAACAAUGCACAAGAACAGCCUGGCACUACUUGUUUAUCCAAAUUGUCCACUACAAGUGGAGCAUCUGCUGGAAUCAAUAGCAGCAGUGUAAAGCAGGAAGCACCGUCCUGUUCUCAGAGGCCUGUUGAGGCUCCUAUUAAUAAACCAGCAAACUCAAAGACAGAGGAUCCAAAGAAUUUUUUACUACAGUCCUCAAGAGUCACUGUUCCCUGUUGUAAGGAAUCUGAAGUACGACAACCGCUAACGGAGAAUCCCUGCAGCCCUCAGAAAACUGAAAAGCGUACACAAACAGCAAAACCAGCUGUGACUCAACCAGUUCAGUCCAAAGAAGAGCCAGUCAAGGGAACACAUGUGCAACUUGAACCUAAGGGUAAACCCACAACACCAGGGGGAUCAGGAAUUAAGCCCUUCCUGGAACGCUUUGGGGAACGCUGUCAAGAGCGUAGUGCACGGAGUCCUGCUACGAAUACUCCAGGGUGCAGAACACCGAUUGUUACCCCAAAUACAAGGACAAUCCAGGAAAGGCUUCUCAAACAAAAUGAAAAUUCCUCUACUGCCAGUUUAGCGCUUCAGCUUAAGCAGGAACGUGAGCGAGAACUUGCAUGCCUUCGUGGCCGGUUCGAUAGGGGCAAUCUGUGGAGCGCGGAGAAAAGUGAAAGUUCAAAGAGAAAACUUCCAGAAGCUAAAAUGGAAAGCCAAUCUCAGACUAGUCCAAAACGUCCUCCUAGUUCGGAUGCCACCACUUUUGGAUCAGCAGAAGACACACCAGCAGGUGACAGGCCACCAAAGUCUCCCAGCAUGGAGCCUUCAGGUGCUCCUAAAUGUGAAGAGACUGUUAAACCUAGUCCUCUGAAGAUCACUGAGCCAAAAAGCCCUGUAAAAGCGAUGUCUGUCUCAAAACUUGAACAACUUGCUGAGAAACCAAAAGAUGAAGUAUAUGAAAUCGAAAUGAGUGUGGAUGACGAGAUGAAUAGCUCAAAAGUGAUAAAUGAGAUUUUUGAAGUUCUUCAAGAGGAUGGUCCAGACAUCGAAAAGCUGAAGAAAGAAAUGAGCAUGAGCCUGGAAGGUGAAAGUGAUGAGGAUGAGCAGGAAGAGUCACUGAAUAUUUCAUCAAUGUCUCUGUUAACCCCUCUAGUGGAAUCUGUUGGUCCAGAGGCCUUUGUUUCUCCUUGUAAGUCAACUGGUGAAGGAAGCAGUAUCAGCGAUGUAAGCCUGAAGUCUGACAAGUUCCAAAGGACCAAAGUCCCCAGGGCAGAAUCUGGAGACAGUAUUGGCUCCAUGUCAGAAGAUCGCAACCUUCCCUAUAGUGUUGAUGCAUAUAGAUCUCAAAGAUUUAAAGAAACUGAUCGUCCCUCAAUAAAGCAAAUCAUUGUUCGCAAGGAAGAUGUUGCUUCCAAACUAGAAACAAAAAAGAACGGCCCAUCUGAUCAAGUCAAUAUCAAAAAGAAAAUGCAGGAGCUGAAUAAUGAGAUCAACAUGCAGCAGACGGUGAUUCACCAAGCCAGUCAAGCUCUGAACUGCUGUUUUGAUGAGGAACAUGGGAAAGGGUCACAAGAAGAAGCAGAGGCAGAGAGACUUCUUCUCCUUGCAACUGAGAAAAGAACUGCUUUAUUGGAAGAAUUGAAUAAACUGAAGAGCGAGGGACCUCACAGUAAAAGAAAUAAAGCUGCUUCUACAUCCACUGAAUUUGCUCCAUCCAGGGGAUCUGUUUCCAUUUCAGAAAUGCGUCUACCUCUAAAAGCAGACUUUGUAUGCGGUACAGUUCAAAAGCCAGAAGCAGCAAAUUACUACUACGUAAUAAUACUGAGAUCUGGAGCAGAAAACAUAGUUGCAACUCCUUUAGCAAGCACUGCCAGCUCCCUGAACGGAGAUGCUCUUACUUUUACUACAACAUUCACUAUGCAUGAUGUGUCAAACGACUUUGAAAUAAAUAUCGAAGUUUACAGUUUGGUGCAGAGAAGAGAAGUUACAAGCACUGAUAAAAGGAAAAAGGCGAAUAAAUCAAAGGUUAUUACUCCAAAGAGAUUAUUAACAUCUAUUACCUCAAAAAGCACCCUUCUUACUCCAGAUGCUGUACGAACUACCAAUUUCAUCCUUGUUGGAUCCCACAAGCUAUCGCUGUCUUCUGUAGGAAACGCCAAAUUUGCACUGGACAAGGUUCCCUUUUUGUCUCCUUUGGAAGGUCAUAUAUAUCUAAAGUUAAAAUGCCAAGUGGACUCUUCUGUGGAGGAGAAAGGGUUCUUGACUAUGUUCGAAGAUGUUAGUGGAUUUGGAGCAUGGCAUAGGCGCUGGUGUGUGCUGUCUGGAAAUUGUAUAUCGUACUGGACCUACCCAGAUGAUGAAAAACGCAAGCAUCCUUUGGGCCGGAUAAACCUGGCCAACUGCACUAAUCAUCAGAUCGAACCUGCCAACCGGGAGUUCUGUGCCCGCCCCAACACCUUUGAACUAAUAACUGUCCGACCUCAGAGGGAAGAUGACAGAGAGACUCUUGUCAGCCAAUGCAGAGACACGCUCUGUGUUACAAAGAACUGGCUGUCUGCUGAUACUAAAGAAGAGCGUAACCUUUGGAUGCAGAAGCUCAACCAAGUCCUUGUUGACCUUCGCAUGUGGCAGCCUGAUGCCUGCUACAAACCUGUUGGAAAGCUUUAAACUCUGGGAGGGAAAUAAGAGGAAAAUACAUAUGCAAAAAAUCCCCAUG